GUUGUUUAAUAUGCCACAAUGUUUCUUAAAUAUGAUUUAGAAUUUCGAGCGUUGUGUUGGACGCUAGCACUUAUACCAGUGGUGUCUGCCGGCAUCGCUUGCCUCAGCAACCCGUGUCUGCACGGCAUAUGUAUUGAUGAUCUCAACAGCACGUACAUGUGCUACUGCAUAGACGGGUACACGGGUGUGCACUGCCAGACUAACUGGGACGAAUGCUGGUCGGACCCCUGCCAGCAUGGUGGCACUUGCCUCGAUGGCAUCGCCUCCUACAACUGCACCUGUCCUGAAGGAUUCAUCGGUGAUAAUUGCGAGACGAAUUUCAACGAAUGUGAAUCAAACCCAUGUCUCAACAACGGCACAUGUAUUGACAUGACGAAUGAGUAUAUCUGCCACUGCGUGCCCGGCUUCUCCGGCGAACAUUGCGAGGUGGACGCCGCGGUGUGCGACGGCGAUGAGGUGCGCUGUCACAACGGCGGACAGUGUGUCGAAGGACCUGGAUACAAAUUUUACUGCAGGUGCUCGCCAGGCUGGGCGGGUAAGUUCUGUGAAGAUCAAAUAGACGAAUGCGAAUCCAAUCCAUGUCAAAAUGGAGGAAUGUGUAUUGAUAUACACGCGGAUUACAUGUGUGCAUGUGCUUAUGGAUUCACAGGUAAAAGUUGCGAAGUUCAGAUAGAGUUUUGCGAUGAAAAUUCUUGCAGCAAUGAUGCUCUGUGUGUUGUGGAAGACGGCAUUAGAGUUUGUUAUUGUGUACCUGACUACCACGGAGAAAGAUGCGAACUGCAGUACGACGAAUGUUUACUAGGACCAAGAUGUAUGAAUGGCGGUACUUGUAUAGAUGGAGUUGAUAACUUUACCUGUUCUUGUCCACCAAAUCUUACUGGCACCUUAUGCGAAUGUCUAAUUAUAAACGAGGAUCAUAUUGAUUGUGAAUACGUUAGUCCUACGCCAUUAUACAAUACUACUACAGUAUUGGUGCUCACUACAAAUGCUGAAAAAAUAACUACAGAGGUUACUUCAACAAUCGCAACAACGACUAACAACUAUACUUCGAAUGAAUUGACAUCUCAAAGUGAACCGUGGACUACUUCUACAAUAUUUGAUUUUACAUCAACGACAGAAGCAGUAUCGCAAACAGUAAGUGAAAAAAUAAGCAGAGAAGAAACCACUACACUAUCGUAUUCAAAUUCAUCUGAAACAGAAGAAACAACCACAAGCACUACUGAAGUUUUUACAUUAGAACAACAGACACAAAAAACUAUAAGUGUUGAAGAUUCUAAAACAGAAAGCUCGUGUAAAGACAAUUGUGAUAAACUAACAACACCCACUACUUUAACCACUUCAAGUGAAUUUGAAACCACAUUUUUAAACAAUCAAACGACAUCAAUAGCAGUUACAUAUCCUACAAAAGUAACUAUUGAAUUCCAAAAUCAAACUAGUACUGAAUUAACAACUACUUUAACUUCUACGGAAUCUACGACUAAAACUACGAUUGAAGAUGUAACGAUUACAGACCACAAAAUAGAUACUACAGAAAAAAUGUUCACAGAUGUUCCUACAGAAUAUUCAUCAACGGAUACUUCUCCGACAUAUACAAUUGAAUCUGUUGAAACUACAACAUAUUUUGAUAAAACAACUCAAGUAUAUACUACAGUACAAUCAGAGUGUAGCGAUGCCGUCUGCAACAACCGCGGCAGCUGUGCCAACACUAUACACGGCAUUAGAUGUCAUUGCUUAUUCAACUAUGGAGGAAGAUUCUGUGAAGAGAAGAUAAAAAUAACAACUGCUGCUUUCGGAGGGAAUUCAUACAUAGUGCAUCGUUUAAAUAACACUACAUCAAUUAGUAUUGAAUUUAGUGCAAAAACUUUAAUCACCGAUGGGCACAUAAUGCACGUAGAUAUAGCUAAAGGGGCAUAUAUGGAGUUAUUUUUAAAUUCAGGACUACUAAAGUUUAAAUUUUCUUGCGGUUAUCAAACAAUGCUAUUAAGUGAACUGAAAACUUAUGUCAACAAAGGAUAUGCAAUGAAAAUAGAAACAAGAUUAGAUUUAUAUUUAAAUCAGCAACAAUGUAAUGCAACUCUGCAUUUAAAUGACACAGUCGCAAUGAGCGGUGGACAGAUUGCUAACAUAAGUAUAGUAGACCAAAAUAUUAUACUAUAUUUUGGCAUUGUACCAGACAGUAAUUAUACCAACAAUAAACCUUUUAUUGGAUGCAUUAAAGAUUUGAAGGUAAAUAACAAGAGUCGGGAGAUAUUUGGUGAAGCAUUUAAUGCUGGCGAAGUGACAGAAUGUUCAUCUCUGUCGUGCUUGUCUGGGCCCUGUCUCAAUGGUGGAACUUGCAAUGACCAAGGUGAUGGUUACUCUUGCUCUUGUGCUAAUGGUUGGAUGGGUGAGAACUGUAAGCAGUCGAUCUGUGAGCACAACCCGUGUGAGUCGGGAGGAAGCUGCGUCAGGUACCCGGGGAGUGGCUUCCUCUGCCUCUGUCCCUACGGCAAACACGGCAUCUUUUGCGAAUAUAAUGUUGAGAUAACCCGACCGUCAUUAGCACCGAUCGCCCCCGGCGUGUCUUCGUACCUCGUGUACCCGCUGUCGGCGGCUGCGCUCAGCUCGGAGCGCUUCGAGCUGCGGCUGCGCUUCCAGACCGCCGACAUGGACCAGAUCGCGCUGCUCGCCUUCGUGGGACAGAGCGGCCGGCACGGCCCGCGCUCGCACCAUCUCGCAGUCACCUUCGUCAAGGGCUAUCUCAUGCUCACCUGGAAUAUGGGCAGCGGUCCUCGUCGGGUGUUCACAUCGCGCGCGGUGGGCGUGCGGCGCGGCGGGCACGCGGUGCGCGUGUGGCGGCGCGGGCGCAGCGCCGGCAUCAGCGUAGAUGGUCGCCACAACGUCUCCGGCAACGCGCCCGCCCCGCCUCAGCACGACAAGAUGACCCUACUGCCUUAUUUAUACAUAGGUGGUCAUCCGUCGUUUAACUUCGCGGAGUUGCCGCACGACCUGCCGCUGCACAGCGGAUGGCGCGGCUGUGUGUGGGACGUAGGCGGGCAGGCGGCGGGGGGGCGCCCGGCGGCAGGUCGCGGCGUGGGUCAGUGCGGUGUUGCACAGUGUACCGCCAGCUCCUGCAACGCACCUCGGGGACUCUGUAUACACUCGCCCGCUACUUACGGAUGUAUCUGUAACGAGGGCUGGUUCGGGCCGACAUGCAGUAGCGCGCAGCCGGUGUGCGGGCCGCGCUCUCACUGCCGCGGCAUUUGUGUGCUCGGCGGAGACGGGGGUGCUCAUUGCGACUGCCCCUACGGCUUGACUGGCGAGAACUGUGAACAAGAGGUGAUUCCCAUAGACGUAAUGUUCAGCGGCGUGAGAUCUUACCUGCGGCUGCAACCGCGGUCGAUAUCCAGCGUCAGUUUGUCUCUGGAAGCGGAGAUCAAGCCGGACAAGGAGCGCGGCUUGCUCAUACUGGUGCAAACGCCACACUUCUACACGGCGCUAUCAUUGCAAGGCGGUCUACUGGAAUACCGAUGGACAGAUCGUCUGUCGGGGCUGACGUCGCUGGUGCGCAGCGGCGUGGUGGCGUCGUUGCGGCGGUGGCAACGCGUGCGCGCCGGCCGGUACGCCGCACGCCUCUACGUGUGGGUGGACGGCGCACUCAGCACUGAGCCAAUGCUCGCACACACAUACCCUCACACCGCCAGCGACGCCGAUAUACUCAUAGGUGGUGCGCAAGAUUUAUCAACGGUGCCGUUCGACGCAAUGUCGGGACCUUCCGAGUCGUAUUCUGGCUGCAUCAGAAACCUGCACGUCAACAACGUUCCCUUGCCGUUGGACCAACAGAACAUACGAGUUAUUAAUAUAACGAUUCCGCAAUUCGGCGGUGAUUCGUUGUUGUCAAUACCAACGCGACAGUCGAGGUCUCGCGAGCAGCGCCUCGCCGCCAUCUCCACACAUCUUGCACUCAACUUCACCACUGCAGAACCUAAUGGACUGCUGCUGUGGAUCCAUAUGAUAAAUAUAACGGAUGUUGAAUAUCUAGGGAUAGGUAUGGAAAAUGGAUACAUAAAAUUGGUUUGGUCCUUGCAUUGUGACGUCACAGAGGUGGUGAAACAAAAUGAAAAAUCUUUACCAAUUCGACCUCGAAGAUUUUCAAGAAUUCUGCCAAACGCCGGCUUUCUAGCUGAUGGAGAUUGGCACAAAAUUGUACUGGAGUUCGGAAAAAAUAUCACAUUAACUGUUGAUAAACGACUGGCAUUCAUAGAGGAGUCUUGUGAAAGAGACCUGAAUAAUAAUGUAGACAUGUUUAUAGGUGGAGUUAACGAAGAAGAUAAUCCAACUGUGAAAAAGAUAUUUCCGCAAAACUUCAGAGGUUGCAUAGAUCAGAUAUCAACCCGCGAAGAAUCCUUCAUUACUGACUACUCUGAGUUCUACAGCGAGAACGUUAACUCGUGCCAACUGUUCCCAAAUAAUUAAUUUCAUAAACAUGCCAUAAACUUUAGAUAGAUAACCUAUAGAUGGAAUGUUUCAUACAAGUUUGUCGAGACUGAGGUUACCCCAACAA